AUGACUCCUCCGCGAGCGUCUGGCGGUCGAUGGCGAGCGUUUGUGGCUGUGCUGGUGGCUGCAAUAUGCACCCAAGUGACCUCUCUCACUGCUAGUGAGCAGGGAUUGCUGAAAAUCCAGCUUCACAAGCAGCAGCAGCCGAGCGCAGAGCUGUCCUACAUAUUGGCACACCAGCAGGCGCGAGUGCAACGACGAGCGCAGGAGGCAGGCAACGCGGAUGGAGAUUCCCCAGUCGGGGCGUUCGCACUGAGUGAAGCUCCGCUUGGUGUAGGCUACGGGACUCACUAUGCCGAGAUCUACCUGGGAAUCCCGGCGCAGAGAGCGUCAGUGAUCGUGGAUACGGGAAGUCACUUGACGGCGCUGCCGUGCAGCACGUGCCAGGGUUGUGGACAACACACAGACCCACUAUUCGACGUAUCAAAGUCGACGACGGCCAAGUAUCUGGCCUGCCACGACUUCGACUCGUGCCGCUCAUGCGAGCAGGACCGUUGCUAUAUCUCGCAGAGCUAUAUGGAGGGGAGUAUGUGGGAGGCCGUCAUGGUGGACGAGCUGGUGUGGGUGGGAGGAUUCUCGUCGCCAGCUGAUGAGAUGGAAGGAGUGCUGAAGACGUUUGGGUUUCGGUUUCCUGUAGGCUGCCAGACCAAGGAGACAGGUUUGUUCAUCACGCAGAAGGAGAACGGCAUCAUGGGCCUCGGUCGCCAUCGCUCCACUGUCAUGUCAUACAUGCUGAACGCAGGCCGCGUGACGCAAAACCUUUUCACCCUUUGCUUUGCCGGGGACGGUGGUGAACUUGUGUUCGGAGGUGUGGACUACAGCCACCACACGAGCGAUGUCGGGUAUACGCCGCUGCUCAGUGACAAGUCCGCCUACUAUCCAGUUCACGUGAAAGAUAUUUUGCUGAAUGGCGUCUCGCUUGGAAUCGAUACUGGCACGAUCAAUUCAGGCAGGGGUGUGAUUGUGGACAGCGGCACAACCGACACCUUCUUCGACGGGAAAGGAAAGCGAGCAUUCAUGAGCGCAUUCAGCAAGGCAGCAGGCCGAGACUAUAGCGAAAGCCGCAUGAAGCUGACCAGCGAGGAAUUGGCAGCCCUCCCAGUAAUUUCCAUCAUUCUCAGUGGAAUGAAAGGCGACGGCACCGAUGACGUUCAGUUAGACGUCCCUGCCUCGCAGUAUCUUACCCCGGCUGACGACGGCAAGUCCUACUACGGCAAUUUCCACUUCUCGGAGCGUAGUGGCGGUGUUCUUGGCGCGAGCGCCAUGGUCGGCUUUGAUGUAAUCUUUGAUGUGGAGAACAAGCGUGUGGGCUUCGCCGAGUCAGAUUGCGGAAGAAGCUAUUCCAACGCUACAACUGCAGCUCCGAUCGCUUCAGAUAGUACCAAUCAGCCAGCACCUGCUACUCCGGUAUCAGUCGACUCAAACGCCACGGAGCAGCCAGCACCCUCCAACACUUCUGUAACAAGCUCCAGCAACAGCUCGUCUAUGGACUCAAACACGACGGCGACGGCGCUGGCCAACACCGUAGGCAGUCCCGAUGCAACCACGAGCAUUUCAUCCACCGAGGGAACUACAAAGCGGUCAAGUCCCCCAUUCGGCGCCUUCAUCGCGGAGGUUAUCCUCAUCUCGCUGGUAGGCGUCGCGCUUGCAGUCAUGGUCUGGACGAAGUGGCGUACGCGCGCUUGGUCGCGCAUCCCCGCCGAGUCCUCGCGUGCGCACAUGCAGACUAUCGUGGAAAUCAGCGAGUCGAGGAGUCCGUCGCCGUCGUCUCCACCUGGAAGCCCCUUGUCACCUCGAUCCCGAGCCGCUAGGAAGGGCCCAUCACCAAAGUUCACGAUCGGCUCGAGCGGAGAAGAAGACGGUGACGAGUUGCGCGACAAAGAGGAAGGAGCCGGCAGCCCCAAAGUGUUAACUCGUCCGCAGGGGCCACGCUAA